GGGAGCCCACAAUGAGCACUGCCACGGCAGGAGGAAGAGAGAGAGGGAGAACAAAAACAAAAACAUGUUCCCUAACACGGGGUCAGCCGGUGAGGUACGGGGACGGUGACAUUUCCAAUGCUGCAAUGUUAUCUGCCCCAGAAACAGCUUCAACAGUUGAUGGUGUGUGUGUGCUGCUGCUGUCUGCACCGACUGUUUCUGCAGUGUCUCUUUCUGUUGGUCCAAACCUUCAGCAGUUCUUCAGAGGCUCUUUAGUGGAUCUGAGUUGUGUUGAUGAUGGACAGACAGCUGAUGGAUGGACAGUGAAGAGGACCAGAGGAAACCUCACUGAGGACUGUGGAGCAGUUCCAGGCUUUGGGGGGCUUCUUGGUUCCUACUGUGUUGUGGAUCUUUCUGCUCCCAAUGAAACCUUCUGGUGUGACUCCUCUGGACAGCAGAGUGACAGAGUCUCCUUCAUUGUCCAAUCAGACACUACAGAUAAAGGUGUCAUACUGGAGAUCCCUGCACUUCCUGUGAGGACAGGAAGUGAUGUCAUUCUGCGCUGCAGACAGAGGAAUGGUGCCACAGUCGAAGCUUAUUUUUUCAUCAAAGGAAGUUCUGUUGGUCAUAAACCAGAGCACAUCAUCACUAACAUCACGCAGGCUGAUGAAGGUCUCUACUGGUGUUCUACUAAUCAGGGUGGAACGUCUCCUCAGAGCUCUCUGAGGGUCAGAGAUCCUCCUACAAUCAUCCAUCCUCCUCCUCCAAGCACCUCCACAAACUUUGCUCCUCCUGUAAAAACUGCUCUUACGUGUCGUCCCUCUCCUCCUCUCCCAGCAUCCAACUGUCCUCCUCCUCCUCCUCCUCCUCCCUCUCUCCUGGUCUCAGUUUUAUCAGGUCUGGUCUCUGGGGUUCUCCUGGUUCUAGUUCUGGGUUUGAUUCUGUUCCUCUGCAGUAAACUAAAAGGUAAUAAAAACCCGUCUCCUUCUCCUGUGGAUGUGACCUACGCUGAUGUCACGAUCAAACAGAGAGCCAACAGGAGAGACAAACAUCCUGCUGAUCCACGAGCCGUCUACUCUGAUGUGAGGACUCAAACUUCAGGUCCUGAGGACGUCGCUUAUGGUCAGGUGGUCAUCAAAAGCAAGAAAAAAGGUGGCAAGAGGAAAGAGCAGUCAGCUGAUCCAUGUGCUGUGUACUCUUCAGUCAGAGCAGGAAGCUGAGGACACACUCGGUCUGAUGGACGACCUUCAUCCUUCACUCUGCUCCUCUUUCAGAGCCUGCUGAGGCUUCAUCAGUUAUUCCUGAAUCUUAAUUAGUCAGUGUUGAUCAUGGAGAAGCAGAUUUGUACUUUGAGUAUUAGUUUUUCUCUUUUCAUUCUUCUACAAACAUGUGAAUGACUAUAAAGGAUCCAUACACAUGUAAUAAAGAA